GUAUGGUGAUGAGUUAAAGACUGUGAUGGAGGGAGAUGUUCUCACUCUACACACAGGACACACUGAGAGUCUCAGUGAAGUGAUGUGGCUGUUUAAACGAGGUGAUCAAACUGUUCGUAUCGCACAGAUGUAUCAGGGUUAUGAGCCCUUUUAUGAUAAGAGACUAACCAGCAGAGUGAAAAUGAACCCAAAGACUGGAGCUCUGAGCAUCUGGAACAUCAGCAGCAGCGAUGCUGGACUUUAUCAAGUUUCUCUCCACAGUGGAUCCGUCUCAGAGAAAAGCUUCAGAGUGGAUGUUUACAGGCCUGUUUCUGUUCCUGUCUUCAGGUCUCCAGCUGGUGUAAACCAAACUCAAGGUUCAUCAAAGUCACAGAAGAUGGAGGAGAUCUGCUCUGUGUUCUGCUCUGUAAGAAAUGAUCGAGGCGUCUUCAUCUCGUGGCAUAAAGGAGGAGAAAUGUUGAAUCAGACCAGCAAUCCUGAUCUCAGCAUCAACCUCAGUUUAGCAUUAGAGCUUCAUUAUAAUGAUGCAGAGACAUACAGCUGUACAGCUGUGAAUCCAGUGAACAACAAAACUGUCCAUCUACACAUGAAGGAGAUCUGCCCACGACAGGAAGUUUGUCAGGAUCACUGUGGUGUCUCUGAGGCUCUGGUUCGUCUGGUUCUGUCUGGUCUGCUGGGAAUCACUACAGUUGUGUUUCUGGUUGAGCAUCUGAGGAUCAGCUCAUCUCAGAGAAGAACUACUGCUUCUGUAUGAUGACUUGUUUAAACGGCAGUCUUAAGCUGCAUUCACACUAGCAGCAACUUUUGUCACUGCAUGUCUCCAGUUUUCUUGCAAAAUGAACAAAAAUGAAUAAAGACAGCAAGGAUCAGCGUCAUUUCCAUCACUGCUGAGCUGAGAGAAGAAAGAAUCACAUGAGCUCUGUCUUCUUUCCUAUUGGCUUUCGCUCCGAUAGUCACCCUUCAUUUGCAUAACUUUGAAGGAUUCUGAACUUUGUCGCUUCGCUGGACACGAUCCAUCUGUCACCAGCUUUCCAUUUAAAUGAAUGGGAUCGUGUCGCUUUGUCAUUGCGUGUCACUUGUAGGGUGAACGGGGCUUCAGCCUUUGUGGUUGUUUUCUGAGUCCACAUAAUGUCUUGUACUUAUAGAUUUGUCUUUCAUUUUUUUUUCUGUCCUCAUGGUUUAGGUUCUUUCUUCCUUCCUCCCGCUGACUGUCAUUGUCCACAGGACACUCGGUCUCGUCCACCAUCUUUAUGGAUUCAUCUGUAGCUUCACUUGCUGAUUGUGAGGGGAAAAAAUAGUUAUUUCAAGGCUAUUAAGUUAAAUGAUAUCAAUAUAAAAAAUAUAUUUACUUAUAGCUACUUUUUGUAAUAUCUGUGAUUUAGUCAUAACUGACAGUAAUAAUUAUGUAAAAUAUUUCUCAGCAAAUACUGAUGUGGUUUAAUUUAUUAAUUUGAACAAUCUGUAUAUUUUGUUAAUAAAUGAAUUACAUUUUUAAUGAUUAAAAAAUACUUAAAAUGCAAUGCAUACAGACAAUGGCUUGAAUUAACUUUUACUAUAGAGAUUAUUUUAUUUAAUUUAAGCACCUGCAAAAAUUGUCAAAAUGAUUUGUAAUUUAGUAAUUAAAAACAGUAAUUAGUAAUUGGUAAUUGGAUUUGUGUAACCAUCCUGAAACUGAGUAAUAAAAAAAUCUGUCUGACAGAGUCAAAUUUGUAAAUUUGCUAUGCAUUGUAAAAUACAUAGCCUUAACUGACAACUGCUGUCAAUAAAUGUUACAAUAUUAAUACAAAACAGAAGUGUUGCCUAAUUUAUUUAAUUUCCCUAAUAAUACUUGCCUUUCCACAUAUGCUGUAGAUAAACAGUAGAAGAAUGAAAUAAAUGACUGAAACUUAUGAUUGUUUUUUAGGCUGAUUGUCCAGGGUGUCUCUACAGGAAUGUCUUCAGCAGUCUCCGAUGGCCCUACAGGAAAGAGCAGAUAUGGCAAAUGAAUGGAUGGAGAUUCUGGGCUAAUGGAACUGAGCAGUUGAUCUGUAUAGAACCAAAACUACAAAAACAACCGGAGAUAUAAAGUUUUUCGAGACAAACUUAGAAUUUUAAAAUGUAGGCAUUUACAUGUACCUUGACUCACAUAAAACAUAAAAGCAUUUAAACAUCAUCUUACUAGUACAUAACUGGAGAUAUAGUGUGGUGACUGAUAUUUAUAUGCAUUAUAUGUAAAUAUCUGCAUGCU